AUGGACGCGCAAGUUGGAGUUGUUCAGCAACCGGUGACCACUAGUUCAACGAUUUGGGUUGGGGAAUGUCAAUGUCCAAAAUGGAAAAAAUCUACCCACCGUGCGGUUGAGCAAAACCUGACGACUUCACUAGAAUGCGGUGGAGAAAGAGAUGCACUCCUUGAUGUUGCUUGCGGAAGUGGCAUUGACAUAGAUUCUUUCCUUAGAGAGAAGUGGAUUCGUGUAGCAUUUACUUCUAGUUUCGGAAGUAACAGUAGGGUCCGCGUGCGGGCGAGAAGGGUGAGGAUAGGUAGCCAUGAGUUUGUCGUGGUGGAACGGAACGUUUUUGGGUGUGAUGACUCGGUAUAUCGAAAGGAUAACAAACUUUGGGAGGGUUUGCCCCGUGGGCAGGCCUGCGUAUUUGUCGAAUCGGGCGACAGGGCUGGGUUUAUACCCAUAGGUAGACUUCAAGGCCUGCGGAAGUUCAAUUCCUUCGACGGACCAUAUGGUAUUAGGGGAAGGCAACCCGUUAGUGCUGUUGCGAUGGAGGCCAUCGACGGGGACUGUGGUCAUAUCUCUGCGUUCGUGCACACUGGAGAGCGGUAUUGGCUUGUUGGGAACAAAGAUACUCACCUAUUAGUAAGCUUCAGUGUACCAGAGAAAGAUAUAUUCUCCAACACCGCCGAAGGUGGUGCCAUAACGAAUGAGGGGGACAAGCCACUUCAGGGGGCUAACUAUUCACCUCCGUCGCUAGCGGUGCGGAUAGCAAGGCUCUGGGGUCAAACGCUUCGAGCACUUCCCGAUGAAAAAUCAUUCGGUUUGCAUGAGUUUUUGUCUUCAAACAGGUACACGGCUUGCUUCGACGCUGUGCUACAGGACUGUGGACACCUUGUCGACUACGGUGAAGAUGAACUUCUACAGUUUUACGCUCUGACCCAAAGUGGUGAAUCGCUAGCAGAGGGCUUGUGCGUGGAUCCAGUUAGCGCUAUAGUAAACCUGCAGUCCUUUGGUCUUCGUGUAGUCCCCUUCCAUAGUGAGCAAUGCUCAUCAGUACCUGAAAUUCUGGAUCUUGGAACGGACGAGUAUUCGCAGUACGGGGGCCAGGUUGCGCGUCGUCUGAACUGCAGAGGAGCGGUUAUGUACGGCUUGGACGCCCAGGGCAUUGUGGUUCGGUUGUGGAAGUUACCUUCGCACGCAUACGUGGUUGAGCGUGCGGCACAGGAGGCCAUUGUGACGCAUCGCCUGAGCGGUACCGUCUUGCGCGACAAGUUGCGGAGGAAGUUAGACCGCUUGCCGAAAGAAAUACGACGAUGUGUCACUGAAUGGAGUUCAGCCCGUCUUGAGCCAUUGUUGAACCUUGCAGCGUGGUUGCACAUUAUGGGGAAAGUAACACCGGAGGUUGGCCUCGAUGGAUUGCAGGAGGUCCGUCGCAGUUGGAUAACACUUCAACAGCAACUUGUGAAGCACACAAAGGACAUGCGUGAGCACUUACAACUGUACGAGCCCCCAGUGGCCGAGGCAGCUAUCAAUAACCCGGACGUCAUCAUGUGUGUGGGGCCACAAGGUUGUGGCAAGUCCACGUUUUGUCGCGCUUUCUGUGUCUUACUCCAGAAGGUAGGUCAGAAGCCUCGUUGGAUCAACCAGGACGAAGUGGGUGGUCGAAAUGAGUUUAUCGAGGCCAUCCGACGUGCCAAGGAAUCCGACUGUACACAUAUUCUUAUAGAUAAAAUGAAUCUUGACGAUGCGGCACGAAAUGCUGACUACGCCUCUUUCAACCUAAAAACGAUAACCGUCGCUUGGGUACAUCCUUGUGAUGUAGACGUUAUGGUAAGUACGUGCCUAGAAAGAGUAUGCCAUCGCGGCAAUGCACAUCGCACAUUCAGAGGAACCGUCUCCCCGGGGAAAAAGAGGAAAAUGAUGACAAUUAUCCGUGGGUGUGUACAGCGAUGCGAACCACCAACAACAGGGAUUGUUAUUGAGGCCAAUGUCUUGGACCCCCCGGCCAUAACCAUAGAAUCUGUGUGGAAAGGUCUCUGCCGACACACAAUGUCUGAACUUCCAGAUAUUAAAGAUCUUUCCGUUGCCGACGCGUUGGAAAUUGCUCGUAGGUACGAAUUACUCUUGUCACACUCAUCGCGUCCCUUCAAUUGCGGCAUCAUAAAGGUUGUGAAUUCAGAACUUCUUGUCGCCCUUGUGCCUGCAGAUUACCUUGAGGGCAAAAAAAUGCGCAAGGAACUCGACAUCAGCACAAUCUAUCUUGGUGACAGAUCCCAUUUCGAUCUUACGCUUCUGUCAGAGUUACAAACGUUGGAAGGUACUUCCAUCCAGGUGGCACCUGUCCGUAUCGCGUCCGACGCAAAGGCAACAGCAAUUGAAAUUCGUAACAAUAACGAAUUCCCAUGCCAAAAUGCACACCCACACAUUACCAUUGCUACUGCUCCCGGUGUACCAGCGAAGUAUAGCAAUGAGCUGCUAAGCAAAGUAAGCACUGAAACAAGCGACAUCAAGGUAAUGGAGGUGUCACCUGAUGUAUCCAUUUCAGGUGUGUUUCAGUUUGUGCGGUGA